AUGGCGCCAGUCCGCGCCGAGACGACGCCGGUCCAUGUCCUCGUCAACGUCUGUGGCAUGGAGGAGGAAGCGCUCUCUCGCUGCCUCUCCGUUCUCUCCGAGGUCUUCAUGGCACUCUCCUUCCUGCGCCACUCGGCCGUCGUCGCCAGUGUCAACGCCAUCGGCGCCGGCGCGCCGGUCCGUCGCCCUGUGUGCUCCAUGAGCAGCCUCCAGAGCCAGAUCGAUGCUAUCAAGAGUGCGCUUCCGCGCUCUCCUCUCUCACAUCAGGAAGGGCGAUGCUCGUGCGCGCAGGACUUUGGCCGCGUCGCUGAGCUUCUCUUGCAAGCCGACAGUCUCGUCCUCAUCUUGACAUCACCGACGCAUCUGCCGGAGACACAACGCCUCGUGAGCUUAUGGAAGGCGUCAUCUUGCCGCAUGGAGAUGAUUUUGCUUCGACGCGACGACGAGGACAUUGGCGCUACGGUGAAUGCGAUCAUGGAGCUCGUCGAGAGUAUCGCAGCCUUUCCACACGUCUCGAUCGUACAAGCCGAAGACAGCCUGCUUGAUCUGCGCCGCACGAUGAAACCUUGGCUGCGACGCUUGCAGUCGUAUGUACCGUGCACGAUCGGCUUCAAAGAGAAGCCCAUGCGCCUCCACCUCAUCCUUCGAAGCGCCAUGUGCUUCUACCGCGACGAGUCGCGCGCGUCCAUGCAUGCGGGUCUUGGGGCCAUGACGGGCCUGCACUACGUACCACUUUCGUCCAUCGACGGCAGCGUCGUCUUGGGCUACCCCCUCCACGCCGAUGUGGAGCCAGCGCCGUCCGAGAACGCAGACUUGUGCAUGGGGCUGCAGCACCUCUUGCAGACGAAGAGCGCAGCGCUGAUCUUGCGAUGCACCAACAACGAGGUCGAUACAUACCUCGAGGAGCGACACUCAUGCCCUUGUAGCAGCAGGCCGAGUACUUUGCAAUGGUGUCCUCGACAUAUGCCGCCUCGAGCAAUGCUGUAGGCUUCGUCCUCUACCGCGUUGCUUCCAUCGACCAGUUGACGUUUGCGAGCAUGCCGGAGAGCUCGGACCCUAACCCCACCCACGCGGAGCGCAUCGGGUCUAUCGCCGCGACGAUGGCAGACGUCGUGCCGACGCAAUCGUUCAACCCGUAUAACUACGCUUCGGGGGCCAGUGUGCGCCCGUUGCACCGCCCCCCGCCACCGCCAACGCCUCGUGUGGGUCGGCGCUUGCUAUAACUUCUUGUUUGUGCAAUAAUAUUGUGUUCUAUUUAAUACUUUAACAAUUGACCAUGCAGC